CCCGCCGUUUCGCGGCGGUGCCGCCAGGGGGGGCCCGCGGGCGGUGUCGCGCAGGGCCCGCGCCGGCGCUCGGAGGAAAUGAAGGCGAGUUCCGCCGAGGCGGGAGCCAUUACCCGCCGCCGGACCUGAGCCCCCCCUCCCGCCGCCGCCGGGGCCCCGCUCCGCGCCCCCCGCGCCCCGCACGCCCCUCCCGGCGCAGGUGCCCUCGAGCCGGGCGAGGCGAUGCGGUGCGCCCAUGCCGCGUGCUGUGCCGAAGCGGCUCUUUAGAUCCUCCCCGGCCCAAGCCUCCCCUGCCAUGGAUGCCUCCGGGGCUCUUGCUUCGGCUCCCUCCUCCGCGGCUCCCUCGGGCUCCCGCAGCCCCAUGUUCCCCCCAGGAGCUGACAGAGAGGAGUGGGGACCGAGGUUCAAUUGUGCCCCUUCCACCUCUGCCGCAGCCUCGCAGGCGAUGCCAGCGUCUGGCCGGAAGAGGAAAGCCAACUUCUCCAAUGACGAGACCGAGACGCUGGUCUGGAAUGUGGUCCGGCAUUUCAGCGCCCUGUACGGGUCCGAGGCCCUGCGGGCUCACCCCGUGCGGCGGAAGCAGCUCUGGACCCAAAUCCAAAGCCGCGUCAACUUCCUGGGCUACACCGAGCGCUCCAUCGACGACCUCAAGCACAAGUGGCGCGACCUGCGGCUGGACGUCAAGAAGAAAAUCACCUCCAAGAAGCACCUGCCCAUGAACCGCGCCGGGGGGCCGCUCCACAAGCCUCGCCUCACGCCCCUGGAGAAGAUGGUGGCUUCCACCUUCCUGCAGGCCAGCCACGACUCGGAGCCCGAAAUCAUCCUGGACCCAGAUCUGUUCUUCCCUGGAGCGUCCAAGCAGCCCUUCAUGCACCUGCAGCCCGGUGUGAGCCACCCCAGCAUCUACAUCGACACCAACGGGCAGCCCUCGGCCCUGCCCGACGUGGAGGGCUCGGCCGUGCCGCGCCUGCCGGGACAGAGCCCCGACCCCGCCGGAGGCUGCGAGUACGGCCGAGGAGAGGGGCAGGGCGGCUCCGCCGAGUCGGGACAGGAGCUGCGCACUCCAGACGCGUCGGCCAUCUCCCCAUCCCUGCGAAACGAGUCCCUGGUCUCCUACGCCUCCAUGUCCGAGGAGGAGGAACGGGAAGGCCGGGAGGUGGAGAGGGGCCACGGCGGGGCCGCGGGGAUGCAGCCGGGGCCCGAGGCCCCCAUGGCAGCGGAGGAGGACAUGAAGCUGUCCCGCCAGGCCAUGCUGAUCCGCCGGUGCAGCUCCCAGGGCUCCGUCACUUCCCUGCCCGAGGACUCUCUGAACCCCGCGGACGCUCACUCGGACUGGGGGCACGAGGGGGUGUCCGACCUGCCCGCCCUGGGCCGCGGCCUCGACUCGGCGCAUCCCGAGGAGCAGGCGGGGGGCCCGGGCCCGGAGAUGGGCGCCUUGCCCAGGGUACUGAUGGGGCCCACCUGGGAGAAGGCUCCAGCGGAGGAGGAGCCCCCGGCGCGCUCCCCGCUGCACGGCGCCCUGACCGAGGAAUCGCUGCCCUCCUCGGCCUCCCCGCCGGGAGACGCUCCGGCCUCCGCCGGCCCCGGCCGCGGGCUGGGCUGCUCCCGCCUGCGCGAGGACCGCCGCGAGAGCUGGAGGACUAGCAUCCAUCACCUGCUCGACCUGGAGGAGCAGUGGGACCAGCUGUACCACCAGGAGCUGGCCAUGUGGCAGGAGGAACGGGCCACCCAGCGCGAGGAGCGGGCGCGCGACCGGGAGCUGCAGUUCCGCCUGCUCGGCGUCCUCACGGACAUCCGCGACGAGCUGCGCUACCUGCGCCAGGAGCGCGCCGGCGCCCGCCAGAGCCCGGCCCCGCCGCCCCCCGAGCCCCGCCGCGACCCCAGCCCGCUCCUCGAGCAGCCCAAAGCCGAGCCCGGCUUCCCCGAGCCGCCGGCCGGGAGCGCCGGCUGGGCUGACACCGCCGUGCCCAGCCGGAGCCCCUUCGGCAACCGCGGCCGGGGCCGGCGCCGCGGGCGGCCGCGCGGCUCCGCUUCCCGACACAGACGCCUCUUCCUCACCAACAGCUAGGGACGGGCGGGAGCCGCUCCGCCACGGACACGGAGUGCCCGCGGCCGCCCCGGGGGGACGGCGUGCGGUGAGGCGGGCGGCACCCGACGGAUCCCCGCGGGAAGGGACAGAGGAUGCGGGUGCCGGCGCUGGCCCCACCUGCCGCGGGCUCGGAGCGCUCCGGGCAGGUGUCCCCGCGUGUCCCCGCGUGUCCCUGCGCAUGUGAAGCGCGGGAGAGCCCCGAGGUGACGCCGCCGUGCCCGCGGGGGACGCGUGUGACGGCGCGGCGUGACGGCGCUAGUCCAGUAGGAUUUACUACCUGUCGGGGGGUGGGAGUUAGAAACACUUAGUCGCUGACGUGCGAACAUUUUAUGCAAAUCAUUUAAUGAUCUAAUUUGCAUAUAACCAUAAAACUUCUGUUAAAAAAAAAAAAACACCUCCAAAAAA